AUGUCUUCAUCCACAACCCCGCCAUACCUCUACGUCCUCGGCGGCCUGCUCGCGCUCUACGCCGCCUACACGACGCACUCCCAGCUGCAGGCCUUCAAGACGCGCUGCGUCUCGAAGCCGCCCCAGCAGUCGAACGAUGCAGCCGUGGACAGGUCCACCGAAGACGCUAUCAAGCUCGAGACGUUGGAGGCUUUGGCGAGGGGGAUCAAUUUCGACCUGAGGAACGCCGCAUUGAAGAUCAUCACCGAGCGCGCAACCACACCCACAAACAUCGACUUCCUCCUCACGCAGAUCUCGACCCGGCCGCCCGCCCCGCGCCUCCGCGCCCUCAAAGCCCUCCGCUGCCUUGCCGCCGCACCUGGCCCCUUCGGCGCACUCUGCACUCCACGAGUCUUCCGCACGCUCGUCACGACGCUCAAAAGCACGCUGCCACCAACGCCCGACAGCGCCACCGAGAAGGAGGUCAUCUACAUCCUCACGCAGCUGAUGAAGAGCUACUUCGCGGCUAAGGAGAUGGCCGUGCAGGCGGGCAUCGUGGACUGGCUGAAGGCGGUCGACCGCAGCGUCGUGGACGUGUGGGAGGUGCUGAGCUGCGUGAAUGAUACGAUGGAGGGGCGGCGGCUGCUGGUUGAGGCGGGGCUGGUGCAGGAUGAGCGCGUGGAGGUGGAGGUGGAGGUCGACUUUGGGGAUGUGGGACAGUGGCUGCCGGUCCCUGGGGGUAUAGUGCCGGCCUACCCACCCCUGCGUCAAUAA